AUGUCUCAAGAUCCGACCGUUCAGUUCGUCACGUCGCCCUAUGCGGGCAUCUUUGUCCAGGUUCUGUUGAAGGGAAAGUCGAUCACGCGAAUCCACAAAGGAGUCGUCCCAGCCAAUGUUCUGUCUAGCAGGAGUACGCAAGAACCUGCACCCAAGUCGGCUACGCCGAUCUUGGAUAUGCAGGACCUUGGAAGUGACACAGCCCACGUAGUCAUCCAUUUCUUUUACACCAAGCAGUAUGAUUGCAUCAAACCCACGGGCGUCUCUAGCGAUUCAGCGAAAGGCUAUGAGCUCAAGGUGUCACUACAAGUCAUUGAAGCCGCUACAAAGAUGGAACUGCCUGCUUUGGUAAGUCUGGCAAAGUCAGAAUGCGCGCGUCUCUGUAAAGAAUUGGAUCUCUUGAAUCUCGUUGCCAUCUUGGGAAAGUUGAGUUUCGACUGCACAAAGUUCCCCGAAAUUCAGCACCAUAUCGCAUAUCACCUUGAAAAAGUGCUUGCGAACCCUCGCAGUCAAUCUGCGACUGACCUCCUGAGUCGGGCUACUACAAACAGCAUCACAGACAUGCUUGUUCGAAAAUUGGUCAUGACGGCCCGAAAGGAGCAGACAAGCGAAGCCAAAGCGAAACCUAGACCCGAGGAUGAAGUCCCAGGCGUGCUUAUCUGUGACUCGAGACCACAGCCCCCUUUUCAGGAUUCUGUCACUGCAAAACCUCAAUUGUCGCAAUUGUCGCAAUUGUCGCACGAACAUCGAACUAAACAGUCUCAAAAAACUCUUAAGGAACUGCAAUCCGAUGACAAAGGGAAGGGACGAGAUGACUCCGAGCCGACAGAAAAGGCCUCGGAGACUUCCCCGCCAACAACUUCGAACCAGGACUCUCGUCUUGCAAAGGGGCAAGAGGAAGCUGAUUCUGGGCCUUCAAGAUUGAGAGACAGACCUAGUCCAUUUUCAAACUCCUUCAGCGGGGUUGGGACGGUUCCUAGCGCUGUAAAGAAGUCAGGCGCCCCUCAACGUGGAGGUUCCUUGUCAAAGCCAGCUAAUCGUUCAGUGGCUGAGACAACGUCGGCCGUUGACUGGGAGCUACCCAAAUUAGUGGCCGAGAAAUUCGAAAAACCAGAGAGUGAACGACAAGAUUCUACCCCUGUUGAUUCCGACGGUGAGGGAGUGCUUGUCGAGUUGGAGCCUCAACCUACUAUGACACCAAGUCCGACUGCUUCGGAUAACUCAGCCAUGAGACGUUUCCUUGCGUUCGACCGCAUGUAA